CCAAUCCUCCGCCUCCUCCCCUGCUCUCGCCAUCGCCCGCACGCCCGCAGAACCCUGCCCAAUCCCUCGCUCGCUCGCUCGCUCGCCGAGAUCCAUGGCGGCCGCGGCGGCGGGGGGCGUGCCGGCGCGGGAGGAGGAGGGGUUCGGCGAGCGAGAGCUCGAGGUGGCCGCCAUUCUCGCCGACCUGCCGUCCAUCGUGCGGGCCUGCAACCGCCGGCGCCGGCAGCAGCAGAAGCAGGACGCGCGGCCGGAGAUCCCCUCGUGGGGCCGGCGCCGGCCGCGGAGGGCCCCCGCGGCCCCGCCGGCCGAGAAGCCGCCCGCCGCGGCGGCCGAUGAUGACGGCGGCAGGAGCGAGGGCGUCGCCAGCCCGGACACCCCGCUCGCCUUCCCCGAGGACGGCGAGCACGACGAGGCCACCGAGGCCGCCGCCGCGGAGGACGCCGCCGCCAAGGCCUGCGCGCAGGACAAGUGGGCGCGGGAGCAGCGCGGCGUGGUGGCGAGCUUGUCCCACGACAACGCCCAUCUCCUAAAGCAAAUCGAGGACUUCAGGGCCCGGCUGCAGACCUCGCGGAGCACCAACGACAGCCUCAAGCAGAUUCACCAGAGCAAGCACAAGAAGCGUCACCGGCCGGAGGAGGAGGAGGAGGAGCGGCGGAGAUGGAGGCCGCAGUCGCGCGCCGCCGACCGGCCGGCGCUGGACCUCAACGAGCCGGCGGAGGCCGACGCCGAGGACAGCAGGCCGCCGCAAACUGCCGCCGCUCCGGCGGCGGCGCAGUGGGUCCACCGAGGGCCUCACCAGCAGCAGCAGCAGCUGAUGCAGAUGCAGCACAAGGCGGCGCGGCGGCGGCGGCAGGAGAUCCGGCGGGCCAAGGCCGCGGCGGGCAGGACGCGGCGGCAAAGAUAAGGAUAGGGCGCGGCGGCGCGGGGCGGGGCGGGGGCCACAGCGAUGGCCAGCGCAAAGCCGAGAUUUUUUUUCGGUUGAGGCGUGCUGGCAGGCAGCGCUGCCCCCGUGCUGGAUCGAGAGCCCGGCGCCAUUUUGGCCGGAUUGGAAUUUUGCGAGGUGGGAUUUUCCAUGGACGAGCUCAGCUGCGCCAGUGGUAGGAUACUAGGAGUAUGGUGGUAGAACUCCAGUGAAGCUAAGUUGUAUCAUCUGUUGGCAAUUAGCCAACAUUGUUUUUUAAAUUAAACAAUAAACAAUAAUAGUAGUAUAUUAUAUUACAUUCAUGAAUACCAUUAUGUAUUCAUCAUGGCGUA